GGCUACAAUUCAUGAGAUGUCCAAACUCAAAUACCAAAGCCCCUUAAAAGCUAUAUAAACAUGGCUAUCUCCAACCAAGAACUCACUCAAACUAUCAAUAUUGCACAUACAUACCACGAAAAACGCAAAAGAGGAAAUGGCGUCUGAAUGUCAAGGUAAGAGCUCGUGGCCGGAGCUUCUGGGGAAAAAUGGGGAAGAAGCAGCGAAACAGAUAGAGAAAGAAAACAAAAAUGUGGACGCAAAAGUCAUACUCGAAGGGACUGCGGUAACUAAGGACUUCAGAUGCGACAGGGUCUGGGUUUGGGUUAACAACUAUGGCACCGUCACUGAAGUUCCUCGUGUUGGUUAGCUUUACCUAGCUAGAAAAAAAAAAAAAAAAAAAGAAAGAAAAGUUUCAUAUUAUCGUAUACUCUAUUGCAAUAAGUUGCCUAUAACUAUCAUACAUGUAUUAGCUAGUUUUUGCUAUAUGUACACCAAAAGAUUACAAUCUGUAUACGAAAAAUAUUACACUUACAGUACCGUAUGAUCGCGGGACUUAAAAUGAUGCCUAUGUAUUUAUUAUAACUAUCAAUAACUUGUUAAAAUUGUGGCCUAUACCUAUGGAUUAUUAAUCUCUCUUGGACUAUGCUGCCUACAAUUCGUUUUCUAUAUAUUUUUGUAUAAUCAAGAAAUAAGUGGUUAUUGACUUCAGUA